AUGCUAGCAUGGUCCAUCGAGCUAUCCCAAUUCCAGAUCAAGUUCAAACCCCGAAAUGCAAUCAAAGCACAAGCUAUGGCCGAUUUUAUCGCCGAGAUGACCCCGGGAAACUCCACCCCCGAAUCAUGGAAACUACACGUCGACGGCUCAUCAAACGUCACCUAUGGAGGCGCAGGAGUCAUACUCGAGAGUCAAAACGGGAUCACGAUCGAACACUCAAUACGAUACGAGUUCCCAGUUUCAAAUAAUCAAGCAGAAUAUGAGGCCCUCCUGGCAGGCCUAGCCCUAGCCAAGGAAGUCGGAGCAAAGGUCCUGGAAGUGAAUACCGAUUCACAGGUUGUCAGUUCCCAAAUUAACGGAGACUACCAGAUGCGAGAUCCCCUACUCCAACAAUACCUUGCUAGAGUACACGAAAUGAAAGGAGGAUUCGAUCACGUUACCAUACAACACGUUCCUAGGGAACGAAAUGCCAGGGCAGACCUACUUUCCAAACUAGCCAGCACCAAACCAGGACACGGCAACAAGUCGCUAAUUCAGGAAGUCGUCAGAUCACCAUCCAUAUCGACCACGAUUAACGCCUAUCUGACACUCUCUAGCCAAGGAUCAUGGACCUACCCUAUCCUACAAUACCUCCUCAACGGAACACUACCAGAAGACCCCAAAGAGGAAAAACGAACAAAAUGGGAAGCCGCCAAUUACACACUCAUUGCGGGACAACUAUACAAAUGCAGAUUCUCGCAACCUCUCCUCAAAUGCGUCGAAUCUGGGGAUACAGAGUACAUACUCCGCGAAGUCCAUGAAGGUUGUUGCGGCAACCACAUCGGGGGUAAAACCCUGGCCCAAAAAGUCAUCCGGGCCAGAUACUUCUGGCCCACGAUUAUCCGAGACUCCAUGCAGCUGGUAAAAAACUGUAAUAAAUGCCAAAUGCACGCCAAUAUCCACCAGGCCACCCCGCACCAACUCAGCAUUAUAUCGGCAGAACGGCCAUUCGGUACCUGGGGAAUCGACCUCGUCGGGCCCUUUCCUACGGCACCCGGUCAACUCCGGUAUCUCAUCGUCGCCAUAGAUUAUUACACUAAAUGGAUCGAGGCCGAAUCCCUGGCCUCCAUCACAGCAAUCCAAUGCCAAAAAUUCCUUUGGCGACAGAUCGUAAGCCGGUUCGGGAUCCCCGAGAUCGUCAUUUCAGACAACGGAACCCAAUUCACCGAUAGGAAAUUCAGAGAAUUCCUAGAAGGGUUGCACGUAUCCCACCGUUUCAGUUUGGUAGAACAUCCCCAAACAAACGGGCAAGUAGAAUCCGCAAAUAAAAUAAUCGUCAAAGGACUAAAGAAGCGACUUGACGAAGCCAAGGGACUAUGGGCCGACGAACUCAGAUCAGUCUUAUGGUCGUAUCGAACAACCCCCCAAACGGCCACCGGGGAAACCCCUUUUUGA